AUGAAGCCCAGCAGGGCAGCAAUGUUGGCCAUGGUAGGCCUAGUGGCCGCGGUGCUGUCCCCCGCGGCCUUGUCCACGGCGGCGCCGUCGUUGAUCUCUUUGCCCAACUCCGACAGCCCCUCCUAUGACUUCCACGACGAGUCAUGUCCAAACCUGUGGCAGAUGGUGCACGACGCCGUGGAGGAAGCAAUCAAGGAGGAUAUCGGUGUUGUCGCCGGCCUCCUCCGCGUCAUGUUCCACGACUGCUUCCCACAGGGCUGUGAUGCGUCGCUUCUACUGUCUGACAAGUUCUGGAGCGAGCUGAACAUGCCUCAGAACAAUGGAAUCAGAAGGAACGCAGUGUAUCUCAUUGAGAGCAUUCGCGUCAAGGUUCAAGAUACCUGCGGGCCCACUGUCUCCUGCACGGACAUCAUGAACCUCGCCACCCGCGAGGCUGUGAUGCACUUCGAGGUGCCAGGCUACGAGGUGCCGCUUGGUCUACUGGAUAGCCGCGCGCCCGCUCCCAGAGAGAACGUAGAGCAGCUGCCGGGCCCCGACUUCAACACCACCCAGCUCAUCGAAUCCUUCCAGAGUCGCGGUUUCGACAUCACCGACGUCGUGGCCCUCUCCGGUGCGCACACGAUCGGGAGGUCAAGCUGCGGCAGCUUCAGGAACCGCUUUGGAGAGAACGCCGACUUUGUUCGUUGGCUCCAGGGCACCUGCGCCAGAAACCCUAACCACCUACAGGACCUGGAUGUGACCACCCCUGAGAAGUUCGACAACGUGUACUACAACAACCUGAAGGAGGGGAAGGGGGUUCUCAACUCCGACAUGGCCCUCACACGCGACGCCAGCACCAGCUGGCUGGUCGACGGCUUUGCACAGGACCAAGGGUGGUUCUUUUCCCAGUUCGGCACCUCCAUGAGGAAGAUGGCGCAUUUGCCGAGUGAGUUCGGAAGGAACGGCGAGAUCCGCAAGUACAGCUGCUCCUGGGCUAACUUGCAUGGCCCGAAGGGGCCUACUGCUGACCUUGCGGCAUCAGCUUGA